GCGGGCGGGUUUCCCCGGGCUACAGCCGGCGCCGUCGACCGCUCGUCGGCCGCCGGGCGCCAUGGCGGGCUGCGCGGCGCGGGCCCCGCCGGGCUCCGAGGCGCGCCUCAGCCUGGCCACCUUCCUGCUGGGCGCCUCGGUGCUCGCGCUGCCGCUGCUCACGCGCGCCGGCCUGCAGGGCCGCACCGGGCUGGCGCUCUACGUGGCCGGGCUCAACGCGCUGCUGCUGCUGCUCUACCGGCCGCCGCGCUACCAGAUAGCCAUCCGAGCUUGCUUCCUCGGCUUUGUGUUCGGCUGCGGGAUGUUGCUAAGUUUCAGCCAGUCUUCUUGGAACCACUUUGGCUGGUAUAUGUGCUCCUUGUCCCUAUUCCAUUACUCUGAAUACUUGGUCACAGCAGUCAAUAACCCGAAAAGUCUAUCCUUGGAUUCUUUUCUCCUGAAUCAUAGUCUGGAGUACACAGUAGCUGCUCUUUCGUCUUGGAUAGAGUUCACACUCGAAAAUAUCUUCUGGCCAGAACUGAAGCAGAUCACGUGGCUCAGUGCCUUGGGGCUGCUGAUGGUGGUCUUUGGAGAAUGUCUGAGGAAAGCGGCCAUGUUCACAGCUGGGUCCAACUUCAAUCACGUGGUGCAGAAUGAAAAAUCAGAAACGCAUACCCUGGUGACAAGUGGAGUGUACGCUUGGUUUCGGCAUCCUUCUUACGUUGGGUGGUUUUACUGGAGCAUUGGAACCCAGGUGAUGCUCUGCAACCCCAUCUGUGGCGUUGGCUACGCUCUGACGGUGUGGCGGUUCUUCCGAGAUCGAACAGAAGAGGAGGAAAUCUCUUUAAUUCACUUUUUCGGAGACGAGUACCUGGAGUAUAAGAAGCGGGUGCCCACAGGCCUGCCUUUUAUAAAAGGGGUCAAGGUGGAGCUAUAACGUAGCGGGAGCGGGCCAGGCGGGGCCAAGGGGCCUCCCCCCCCACGCAGCCCGGGACAGAGCUGCCUCCGGCAGCCACGCUGCAGAUGGAUUGUCUGAAUCCUUUUGUACAUCACCAGUUCCUCUUCUGGAAUAUCACUCGAGACCAAAUGGUCAGAAGGCCUUAGGACCAAAGGACCCCAUCGUACCCUAGAGCAAUCUGUUCUUGGGCUCAAUCAAGGUAGGACAUAGGUCAAAGAUGGAUGAGGAGCAGAUAACAGCAAUAUUCCACAGUGCCCCUCCCGAAGGGCCCUGGCGGGAGCCCAGGCCACACACCCUGCCCCACGAGGUAUUUGGUGUAACCAAGACCCCUCAGGAGAGGUGGGCUCACCCCUUAUGUUGAGGAAGCCUUCUGCCAGAAGGGCUGUGGGCAUCAGUGCUUAGCGUUAGAAAUGUGUUCAGCAUCUUUAACCGAAAACCAACAGCACAGCUUUGACCUCCUUCUUUCUGUGCUUAAGUGCAUGAGCGUCUAUACAGUUUUAAGAAAAUUCUUUAUAAGGCACUUUGGCUCUUAAUAUAUUUAAUCGUAUUUACAUAUCUAUUUUUUAUAAAUAGCGCAUAAAUUCAGAGGGGACUCUGGGUGUUUAUAUGGACACCUCCAGGCGGCUUGGCUGAGGGUCUUGUGUUCACAAGGGCACCUCGGGCCAGGGAGAGCAGGCCCUGUGGCUUUCCCCGGGGCCCUGGCUCCUACACUUCUCCCCAGCGGGGGCUGCUAGCAGUGACACAGGCAUGUCAAAGGUGUGCUUUUUCCUUUAUCAAAGAGAUGCUCGCUGAGCGCCCGCUCUGUGUAAGGCAUUGGCAGACACCGGGAAGCCGUGCUCUCCGCUGGUUUGGGACUUCAGUCGUAUUUCACCAUAGCUUAUAUUUUUACAUUUCAGUUCAAAUCUGCUAACUACGGAUUUCUGUGUUCUGUACUCAGAACUCCAGCAUCUCUAAGGGCAUUUCACACUGUCUUUUCCAAAGGGGUCUAAGCUAAGCAUACAUCCCUACAAAGUUCAAGCAAGUCGGCUUAGAGAAGUCUUAAACAGAGCAGAUGAUCCCAAUGGAGACGUAGUCAGCAUUUCUGUUUCUCAAGUUUGGGGAGAGUGGUUGGCUUGAAAUAGGUAAGCUUUAGGACCCAUGUUUAAUUCUGGACCAGAGAGGGCCUUGGUCUCCGCGUGGAGUCCUUCCUACAGAUCUAUGGGGGCGCUAACGAAGCCUGAUCACGAAGGCCGCAGCGGCCCCGGCUGGGGGGCAGCCGUGCGACCAUGCCGCACCUGGCGGCUUCGAGGAACCACUUAACCUUUCCGUGCCUAGACUCCCCAUCCUUUGAAUGGGGUCACUACCACCUACCUCAUAGGGGUGUUGUGAGAACUUAGAAGAACAGCGUCACACAUUUUUAAUGCUUCGAUAAGAGAGAAUGGCGUAAAUGAAAUCUAUGCUGUGUGAGAGCCACACAGACGUGGACAUUGGUUAAGCUGUACCGGACACCAGGAAUGUGUGUUCAGAAGAGCAUUUUACCAACUCAGAAAUAUCACUUGUUUCUAGA